AGGGCACGGAGCGCAUCUGCGGAAGCAGAUCCCGAAGGGUGCGGGUGGGCCUGUCAGAGUGCUGGGAUUUGAGCUUCGGCUGUUUGAACCCAGGAUCUCAAAAUGCAUCGUGAUUCCUGUCCAUUAGAUUAUAAGGUGUAUGUAGGCAAUCUUGGAAACAAUGGAAACAAGAAUGAAUUAGAACGGGCUUUUGGCUAUUACGGACCACUCCGAAGUGUGCGGGUUGCUCGAAACCCUCCUGGCUUUGCGUUCAUUGAAUUUGAGGAUCCCCAAGAGGCUGCUGAUGCUGUCCGAGAGCUCGAUGGAAGAACACUAUGUGGCUGCCAUCUAAGAGUGGAACUUUCGAAUGGUGAAAAAAGAAGUCGGAAUCGUGGCCCACCUCCCUCCUGUGGUCGUCGCCCUCGAGAUGAUUACCAUAGGAGAAGUCCUCCACCUCGGCGAAGAUCUCCAAGAAGGAGAAGCUUCUCUCAAAGCCGGAGCAGGUCACUUUCUAGAGAUAGGAGAAGAGAAAGGUCUCUGUCUCGCGAGAGAAAUCACAAGCUGUCUCGAUCCUUCUCUAGGUCUCGUAGCCGAUCUAGGUCAAAUGAAAGGAAGUAGAAGGCCAGUUUGCAAAAGAAGUGAUGUACAGGAAAGGACUUCAUUUGACAGGAGUGAUCGGAAG